ACUCCUCAGUGUUUCAGUGUCUGAAGCCGUUGGCUGGUUCUGAACCGUUUGGCUCUUUCUCCACUAGCAAGCAACCUUACAUUGUACCCCAAUUGCUCUUCAUUCUAAUUUUUUAAUGGAUUUAUGAAAUGCUACACUAAUGUAAUCAAAACACAUUGAUCAUUUGGGAUUUUAACUACCAAGCCGCCAUCUCGGAGUAGACUUAUAACGCUUUAUUGUGACUAUAUUUUAGAAAAUAGCGGUGGAGGAGGAGAUUCCAUAUAAGGAGCACAGCAGAGAAGGCACCCCUUGUGUGAUCUGGACGUUUAAACUGAAGAGGGGAUACGGUCAGAUAUCUGAAUGACACUCGUGCACAUGGUGCUGAGGCUGGUGGACGGUACCCUUUCAAAACACAUUUGUUGUGAAAACAGACUCACUACUGUGGCCUGUGUCCUGUUUGCUGACCUCAUGGUGUAACCAGGUAUAAAGAUGAGCAUAAGCAGUGAUGAGGUCAACUUCCUGGUGUACAGAUACCUACAGGAGUCAGGGUUUUCCCACUCAGCCUUCACGUUUGGCAUAGAGAGCCACAUCAGCCAGUCGAACAUCAAUGGAGCCCUGGUGCCCCCUGCUGCUCUCAUCUCAAUCAUCCAGAAGGGCCUGCAGUACGUGGAGGCCGAAGUUAGCAUUAAUGAGGACGGCACGCUGUUUGACGGGCGGCCGAUCGAGUCCCUUUCGCUCAUCGACGCGGUGAUGCCGGACGUGGUGCAGACGCGACAGCAGGCCUACAGAGACAAAUUGGCCCAGCAACAGGCGGCCCAGGCACCCCCGGCUGCUGCGGCCGGUAUGGCGGCCAAUGCCAAGAACGGCGAGAACACAGCCAAUGGCGAGGAGAACGGAGCACACACGUUAGCUAAUUCUGGACAUGCUGAUGAUGUGCUCUCUGUGUGCUGUACAGACAACCAUGACAUGAUGGAGGUGGACGGUGAUGUGGAGAUCCCCCAAAACAAAGCCAUGGUGCUGCGAGGCCAUGAGUCCGAAGUGUUUAUCUGCGCCUGGAACCCGGUCUCCGACCUGCUCGCCUCUGGGUCUGGGGACUCGACGGCACGGAUCUGGAACCUAAGUGAGAACAACACCAACAGCUCCACCCAGCUGGUCCUGAGGCACUGCAUACGGGAGGGAGGCCAGGACGUCCCCAGCAACAAAGAUGUCACCUCACUGGACUGGAAUAGUGAGGGUACUUUACUAGCAACCGGCUCAUAUGAUGGGUUUGCCAGGAUAUGGACAAAGGACGGUAAUCUUGCCAGUACCCUGGGUCAACACAAAGGUCCCAUUUUUGCUUUGAAAUGGAACAAGAAAGGAAACUUCAUUCUUAGUGCUGGAGUAGAUAAGACUACAAUCAUAUGGGAUGCUCACACAGGAGAAGCCAAACAACAGUUCCCGUUCCAUUCAGCACCUGCUCUGGAUGUGGACUGGCAGAGCAACAACACGUUCGCUUCCUGCAGCACAGAUAUGUGCAUCCACGUGUGUAAGCUGGGCCAGGACAGGCCCAUAAAGACUUUCCAAGGUCACACGAAUGAAGUAAAUGCAAUCAAAUGGGAUCCAACCGGUAACCUGCUGGCCUCGUGCUCAGACGACAUGACGCUGAAGAUCUGGAGUAUGAAACAGGACACGUGCGUUCAUGACCUGCAAGCUCAUAGUAAAGAGAUCUACACUAUCAAAUGGAGCCCCACCGGUCCGGGAACCAACAACCCAAAUGCCAAUCUCAUGCUUGCCAGCGCAUCCUUCGAUUCGACGGUGCGACUGUGGGAUGUGGACAGAGGCAUCUGCAUCCAUACUCUUACCAAACACCAGGAGCCCGUCUACAGUGUGGCCUUCAGUCCAGAUGGCAGGCACCUGGCCAGUGGCUCCUUCGACAAGUGUGUCCACAUCUGGAACACCCAGACUGGUGCUUUAGUCCAUAGCUACAGAGGGACAGGGGGAAUCUUCGAAGUUUGCUGGAACGCAGCAGGUGAUAAAGUUGGCGCCAGUGCAUCGGAUGGCUCCGUUUGUGUAUUAGAUCUGCGGAAAUAGCGCUGCUUGUUGGAAGCCAUGGACCGACAAUGAAUGUGUACAUAGCCAAAAUGACUGUCCCUGCCCCCACGUACUGCUAGUCCCUCUGAACCAUGGCCGGCCACUACAGACCAGAAACAAGCAUCCCAACACAGCUGAUUCAGGAGCACGGACAUGCUCUGUGCAGCGAGUCCUAACAGACAAUAAAGGGACACAUACAAAAAAAAAGAAAAAAACAGAUCCAUAUAUGUACCAAAAUGUGGAAGCUAUUUUGCUUUUUUGAUCUUAAACCAUGCUCUUCAAGACAAAAAAAAAAGUCAAAAAAAGAAAAGAUUUUUAACUUUGUUGGUAGUUCAGUCUCUGUGUGCAAACAUAUCGGCUUUCCCAUUCUGCAGCAGGCAGUUAGUUUUUUUUAUAAUUGUUUUUAUUAUUUCACCAUUUAAUAUUUUUUUGGGGGGUCACAGCUGCAUGAAGUGGAGGAGUCCUCUUUUUUUAUACACACUCACAACAGUUCUUUAAAAAAAAAAGUUGUCUUUGGUAGUGUACGCUUUGUGGUUCAAAACAAAACAAAGAGGACUUGAAGAAAAAUGUUUAAUUUUUCCGUUCUUUAUUGUAGUUCUACUGUUGACAUCAGUUUUACUGUUGACAUUUAAAUGCAGUUUUUAGUUUGUAUUUCCCUCUAUAGGAGACAUCGAUUCUCCUGACUUUAAUAUAACAAAUUAACAUGGGCACACGUGAAAGAAGAGGGAUUGUACAUCUGGUUGCUUGAAAACCUUUUUUAUGGGUUGUUUGUGCACUAUCAAUGGAGCUAGAGUAACUAUCCGUGAUUCCCCCUGGACGAAGAUGUACUGCUGUAGCUAUCAUGUGGAAAUAACCAGUAUUGGAUCGGUUAAAGAGAAGCGGAAGAGUCAGUCCCCAAUGACUGUUCCCCCCCUCCAGUGUGAAUGAUUGGAACUGUGAUGUCCACUGGACCGUUUGUAACAAAGCUACCGUUGGGCAAACCGAGGCCCCUUUUACAACAUCCUCAACCAUAAAAAAGGGAAGACUUGCUUCAAGUUAUGUAUUCUUCUAAAAUGUAGUCUCAAAUGUGUUUCUCUCUCUGAUGUUUUUCAGAUACAUUUCAUAUUGCUGAUUUACUGUGUCUUGUGUCACAACGAAACCUCCAAAACUUUACUGGUCUUUACUGGUUCACAUUUUAAACAGUUUGAUUAGGCUUUUGAACUCCGGUUAGCUAUUGACGGUGAUCAGAAACAGCCAUUGCUGUUUUCAGAGAAAACAUAGAAUCUUAAAGCAAGUCUGGGUGUUGGGCUCCAAAUCAGAAACACGGAAUCACAUGGAUUAUCACGCACCAUAUAAAUACACAUUAUUUUUGUGCUGCUCAAUAUUAAGAGAAGUCUCACAACAGUAAUGAAUGGACAGUUCAUUUUUUUUAAAUGGGACAAAUUACUUACAUUUUCUUGAUGUCCUAAAUGAAGUGUUUUCUAGAUGUCCUAAAUGAAGUGUAUUUACAGAAAAAGAAAGCCGUUCAGAUUUUUACAGAUGGCAGAAAGAGAUUUUGGCUCAAUGGAAAUGUAAGGAUUCAGCAUCAGCGCCCAUGACCAGGAUUCCUUGUCCCUGUUAUUUAAGCCUUAUUUCUUAGUCAGUUUUUAAAGGAUAUUGUCACUAGGAUGCUUGCCCACACAAAGCCUCCUGGUCAAGAAAAGCACUUUCAAUGGAAACAUUGAGGAUGUUUUAGUAUUAUAAUAGGUUUAAUUUGGGCCUGUGCUACCGGCCCGUAAAUGUACAUUUUAUACAGAGUGUAGUCCUUUUAAAUCUGUAUUAACUUUCUACUUUAAGUAGAUUACAAACCAUCUGGACACUAUUUAUUAUACGGUCUAUGACAGUGGAAGGAUAUUUGAGGUUUUCUUUUAUGAUAAAUCCACUGUCCUAGUGUCUGCUUUGCCCUUCAUUUUCACUACCUGAAUUCUAAUCAUAUUCUUAUGAUGUGUAUGUCCCCUGGACAUUUUGUACUCUUUUAAAACUUUUGUAAUUCAUAUUUCUUUGUAGCCUAAAUAAUUAAAUUGAUGAUUAUUGGAGAUAAUCGUGUACAGUACGUUCCAGUUUAAGGAUUUAUUUUGGUUGGUUCCACAUGCAUUAUGAGUGCCCAUAACCCACCCUUGGUUUUUCAAGUCAAAUUUUGUUUUUUGUUUUUGCAGAUUCUCCUCGCAUUGCAUUGAUCUGUUGUAAUUUGAACCAGAUCUGAAAAAAAGUCCAGAAUAAAAUAUAUUUUGAUAUUAAUAGA